AUGAAGACCUCAAUGAAAUAUUUUUUUUUUGAAAACCUACUGGAUCCUUCUUUUUCUGCCAUCACUGAAGAACCUAACAAAAAAGACCCCGAUUUUCAACUAAGUCCAGAAGAUACUGACAGUUCUGAAUCGCAUGAAAACAUUUCGAAUGUGCAAAAUGAUAAACUAAAUGCAGAUGAUCCUCAAGAAGAAAGCCUAAAAAGGAAACGGUCUAUAAAAUACGAAAUGGAUAAUAAUCGAUGGGAAAAGAACAAAAACUGUUUAAAUAGAGAAAAGGGAAAAGAAACCCCGAAGUGUUUUUGCGAAUUCUUCUGUACCAGUUUACCCAAGAAAAGAGGUGGAAAAAUUUCAAAUUGUUUAAGAUUUGCUAUCAGUAAGGCAACGAAAUAUCGAAUUAAAGAAAACACCGAUUUUAAAAAGAAAGUAGAACUGUUGAAAAGAGAUAUCCUCAAUGUGUUUUGUGAACAUUCCGAAUGA